AUUUUUUUUCAAAACAGAUAAACUAAAAUUAGCUUUUAGUUCCUAAAUUUUAUGUAUAACAAUAUCAACUUUGUUUUCAUUAUUCCUUUGAGUAUAUCUUUUUAAAUUUUAUGAUAAUAAUCUCUUACUUAUUUUUUGGGUAUUCUGUUAGGUUUCUAUCUCUAUUUUUUUUUCUUAUAAAUUCUUUUCACAUUUUUUCAACUUUCUUCAUCAAUUUUUUCUCAAUCAAAGUUAGAGUAAAAAGGAAUAACUUUUUUCUUUCUAAAUGGAAUUCUUAAGAAAGAGUAGUCUUUGUGCCUUUUUAUUUAUGUUAUUUUUUUGUAGUAACGAAGCUAAUUCGUCACAUGAAGAAUUUAGGAGGUUACAAUCAUCGAGUUCUAAAUUACUUAAAAACUUAUUUAGAACGGAAUAUCACUUUCAGCCUCCUAAACACUGGAUUAAUGAUCCCACGGGUCUAAUGAAUUACAAUGGAAUCUAUCACCUAUUUUACCAGUACAAUCCAAAAGGAGCAGUAUGGGGAAAUAUUGUUUGGGCUCAUUCAGUAUCCAUUGACAUGAUUAAUUGGAUCAAUUUAGAGCCAGCAAUUUAUCCAUCUGAGGUGUUUGAUAAAUAUGGUACUUGGUCUGGAUCAACCACUAUUCUUCCAGGGAAUAAACCUGUUAUUCUCUACACAGGAAUUGUGGACGAUAAACAAACUCAAGUACAAAACUAUGCAAUACCGGCUAACUUAUCUGAUCCAUUUCUUCGUAAGUGGAUCAAGCCCGAUAACAACCCGUUAAUAGUAGCUGAUGAAAGUAUCAACAAGACCAAAUUUCGUGACCCAACUACAGCUUGGUUAGGUCAAGAUGGGCGUUGGAGAAUGGUUGUUGGUAGCCUUAGGAAAAACGAGAGAGGAUUAGCGAUAAUGUAUCGGAGCAAGGACUUCAUGAAAUGGACCAAAGCCCAACACCCACUCCAUUCAUCUGCUAAGACUGGAAACUGGGAAUGUGUUGAUUUUUUUCCCGUAUCGUUGGAGAAUACAGAUGGUUUGGACACAUCUUUUAAAGGCGACAAAAUUAAACACGUUCUGAAAGUUAGUCUGGAUGUUACUAGAUUUGACUAUUACACAAUUGGUACCUAUGACACGAAAAGAGAUAGAUACAUUCCAGACGAUACAAUGAUUGAUGGAUGGCAUGGUUUGAGAUUGGAUUAUGGUAAUUUUUAUGCAUCACGGACCUUUUAUGAUCCUAUGAAGAAUCGAAGAGUUUUGUGGGGAUGGACAAAUGAAUCAGAUGUUUUUCCAGAAGAUUCCAUCAAGAAGGGAUGGUCUGGGAUUCAGGCUAUUCCUCGUAAAUUAUGGAUUGAUCCUAGUGGUAAACAUUUGGUUCAAUGGCCUAUUGAAGAAUUAGAAAUGUUAAGAAAGGAAAAGGUUGAGCUAAGAAAUUAUGAGUUAAACAAGGGAGAAAAUGUGGAAGUUCAAGGAAUUACACCUGCACAGGUUGAUGUUGAAGUUACAUUUUCCUUUUCAAGCUUGGAAAAUGCAGAAGAAUUUGAUCCUAGUUGGGCUGAUCUUUAUGCCCAAGAUGUAUGUGCCAUUAGGGGUUCGACAGUUCAAGGUGGACUUGGUCCAUUUGGACUACUAACACUGGCUUCUGAAAACUUGGAAGAGUAUACACCCGUAUUCUUCAGAGUGUUUAAGAACCAAGAUAAAUACAAGGUUCUCAUGUGUUCUGAUGCCUCAAGGUCAAGCGUUAGAAAUCAUGAAAAGAUGUAUAAACCAUCUUUUGCUGGAUAUGUUGAAACAAAUCUAACCGACAAAAGGUUAUCGCUGCGGAGUCUGAUUGACCAUUCCGUGGUUGAAAGUUUUGGUGACGGUGGAAAGACAUGCAUUACAUCAAGGGUCUAUCCAGCAUUAGCCAUCUAUGGGGACACACAUUUGUUUGCUUUCAAUAAUGGUACUGAGCCAGUCAAAAUUGAGACUCUUGACGCCUGGAACAUGGCUAAAUCCGAGAAAUGGAUUUAGAACAUAGUACUUUUAGUUUUUCUCUCUCUUUCUGUGUUGGCCUUUUUUUUGGAUGAGAACUUAUACAAGUUUUCUAUUUCUAGUAAACCAUGAUUAAAAUGCAAUUAUCUAACUAUGGAGUUCUUAUUUCAUUUCAAAGUACACAAAUGUUUACUUAUUCCUUGUGUAUAUACAUGUAUGAACUUAGACAAAUAUCGAACUUAUUUGCAGCAACAUUUAAAUAAGGGAAAGUUUUCAUCUUCAACCUUUUUUCUAUGAUAUGCAACUUAUAAGUGAUGUGUGAAAUUCAUCCACACUUUAAUAUAUGUAAAGAUUCUAAAUAAAUGUCCGUUCUAGAUUCAACACACUUUCACUAUAGUGUCCGAGUAGAUACUAUUUACUUCCUCUCGAACCAUAGUACUAUGAUAAGAGGAACUAAGCAGCCUCGCACAAUUCAACAUCAAAUACAUACAACAUACUCCAGUUCACACAUAAAUAGACCUUAUAGUCUAGCAUUUUUAUCGACAUACAAAUAAAGUUUAUCAUAAAAAUGAAAAACACCAAAAUA